AUGACCAGGCAUGUUCCUGAACGCAGGUACGAAACAUAUUGGGAAAGAGAAGCAAGUCUGAAUGAAGAAAUUUCUUGUGCCUGGGAAAUGCAUAAAAAGCCUAGAGAUCUUGGAGAUAUUAUGAACAAUCUCCAGGGAGUUAUGGACCACCUUCAGAAGUGGAGCAAGAAAACCAUUGGCAAUGUAUCAAAACAAAUUGACAAGAAGAAGAAACAACUUGAUCAAAUCCUCAAGAGAGAUGACAGCAACAGUAAGAAAAGGGCCAAUAUUCUGUGCAGAGAAAUAGAUGAACUCCUGGAAAAAGAGGAGCUCAGGUGGAGACAAAGGUCCCGGGUUAAUUGGCUUCAAGCUGGUGAUCGUAACACUAGCUACUUUCACCGCAAAGCCACCUGGAGAGCUAAAAAGAAUAAAAUCACAGAGCUGGUUAACAAUAAGGGAGUGAUUACCCAGGACGACAAAGAGAUGAAUACUAUUGCUACUGAGUUUUUUAUGGAGCUGUACAAGGUUGACAACACAGUGCAACCUGACCUGGUCACCAGACACCUCCAGAAUGUAAUAUCCGAUGAGAUGAAUGAAAACCUUUGUAUGCAAUUCUCUGAUGAUGAAAUAAGCUUCGCACUAUUCCAGAUUGGUCCGACCAAAGCCCCUGGCCCUGACGGCUUUCCUGCCUGCUUCUACCAAAGAAAUUGGGGAACCCUCAAGACUGAUAUUAUUCAAGCAGUGAGGAAGUUUUUUGAGCUAGGGUCCAUGCCGGAUGGUGUAAAUGAUACUGCUAUUGUGCUCAUCCCAAAGAUCAAGAAUCCUACCAAUCUGAAAGACUAUAGACCAAUUAGUCUCUGUAAUGUGGUGUACAAAGUGGUGGUGAAAUGUCUGGUCAAUAGACUAAGACCUCUGCUGAAAAGCAUCGUAGCUGAAACUCAAAGUGCCUUUGUCCCAGAAAGAAUGAUCACUGACAAUGCAAUCAUUGCCUUCGAGUGCUUUCAUUCCAUCCAUAAUGGCAACAAAAGUUCCGGGAGUUUCUGCGCAUACAAGCUAGACCUCACAAAGGCUUAUGACCGGGUCGAUUGGAAAUUUCUAGAGGAAGCGCUCAGAACCAUGGGCUUCGCAGAACAAUGGAUAAAAUGGAUUAUGACGUGUGUCAAAACGGUACGCUUCUCGGUCAAGUUCAAUGGCAAGCUUCUGGAAAAAUUCUACCCAUCAAGAGGGCUGAGGCAAGGAGACCCUCUUUCGCCUUACUUAUUCCUCCUCGUUGGGGAAAGCCUGUCUGCCCUGAUAAACAGAAAUAUCAACCAUAAUCUCCUUCAGGAACUCAAGAUCAGCAGGAACUGCCCGGGCAUUUCUCACCUUAUGUUCGCUGACGACAGUCUUCUUUUCUUCCGUGCAAACACCGAUCAGGCAAGCCGCAUCAAAGAGAUCCUCAGACAGUAUGAGAAGGGCACUGGACAGCUUCUUAGUUCUGACAAAUGCUCCAUCAUGUUCGGGCAACAUGUGCCUGAUAUUGACAUGCAGUCUGUCGCCUAUAUCCUCGAGGUUAACAAGAUGACAAUGGAAGAUAAAUACCUUGGUCUUCCAAUUCCAGAAGGCUCCAUGAAACAAGGAAAGCUGAUCUCAUCCAAGGACAAGCUAAGGAAGAAAUGCUCCGAUUGGAACGAAAAAUACAUGUCUGGGGCUGCCAAGGAAGCUCUGAUCAAGUCGGUGGCCCAAUCCAUCUCUAACUAUGCCAUGAGUGUCUUCAAAUUCCCUAUGGGGCUAUGUGACGAUAUGAGUCAAAUAAUAAGAGAGUUCUGGUGGGGAGAUGAAGAUAAUAAGAGGAAAGUACACUGGCUGAGCUGGGAUAAAAUCACAAAAUCAAAAAACAUGGGGGGAAUGGGCUUCAAAGACCUACGGAUGUUCAACCAAGCACUGUUGGCGAGGCAAGCCUGGCGCCUCAUUCAGUUCCCCGAAAGCCUCUGUGCGAGACUGUUAAAAGCUAAGUAUUACCCCUCUGGCCAACUCAUUGAUACUGCCUUCUCCAAGAGUGUGUCACCGUGCUGGCAGGGUAUCUCUUAUGGCCUUGAGUUACUGAAAAAAGGUAUAAUAUGGCGCAUUGGUGACGGGACAAACAUUAGAAUUUGGAGAGACAAUUGGAUUCCUAGAGGAAACCACAAGGUCAUUGGGAAGGCAAGCAACCAAAGACUGAAAUGGGUAUCAGACCUCAUAAACCAAACAACUAAAACCUGGGAUGAACCAACCAUCAGAUCCCUGUUUUUCCCUCCAGAUGCUGAAGAGAUCCUAAAAAUUAAUCUCCCCUCGAGCAACGCCCGGGACACCAUCGCCUGGGCUCAUGAAAGCAACGGUAUCUUCACCGUGAGAAGUGCUUACAGAUUGGGUAGGAGCCUCCAAAGCAAUGAAAAAAAUACUGCCUCUAGCUCUAGGCCAGAUGGAGAAAGGCCUUUGUGGAAUCUGAUUUGGAGCACUAAGGUACCCCCCAAACUGAAGACUUUCUGUUGGAAACUUGCAACUAACUCGUUGGGUGUCCAGACCCUCAGAUGCAAUAGGAAUAUGGAUAUCCUUCCAACCUGCAGCAUUUGCGGAUGCGAACCAGAAGAUGCCUAUCAUGCUGUUAUGACCUGCACUAAGGCCAACGCCCUCAGACAUUGCCUGAGAGAUGUCUGGGAGUUACCGGCUGAAAACCUGCUGAGAUUUUCCGGAGAUAACUGGGUUCUUGUUCUCCUCGACCAAUGCAACGAAGACAUGAGAGCUAAACUGAUUUUCUUGUGGUGGAGGUCUUGGCACAUGAGGAACAAUGUCAUUUAUGGUGACGGUAAAUGUGGGGUAAAACAGUCGGCCCUUUUCAUCACUUCUUACCUCGAUUCCUUCUUGCAGGCCCAGAAUGCAUCUCACACUUCUGAUGUUAAAGGAAAGAAAGUUAUGAACUGCCAUAGCAUGGACUCGUCGAAGGCCAAGGAGAUUCCAAAACCGUGGAACGCCCCGAAUCUUGGUUGGCACAAAUUAAAUAUUGACGCUGGCUUUAUCGACGACCUCAACAUGGGAUCCUGGGGAGCAAUCCUAAGAGACCAUAAUGGUAUCGUCGCUGCUUCGGCAUGGGGUACCCUGCCCCACUGCCCAAAUGCUGCUACUGCUGAAGGCCUUGCAAUCCUGAAAGGGGCUAAAGCUAUCGUCAACUAUGCCACUACCCAGGUGAUUAUAGAAUCGGAUAAUGCGGCUAUUGUUCAGGAGAUUAAUAGGGCUACAACCAGUAGAUCACAACUAUGUUACCUUGCUACUGACAUCAAAGAAGUGCUGAGCCUAAUUCCAGGAUAUGUGGUGAACAAAAUUAACAGGGCUGGUAAUACUGCUGCUCACUGUUUAGCGAAUUAUGCGUUGAGAAUGAGAAACGAGGGUGUUUUACUUAAUGCUGUGCCUCCCUGCGUGGAGGAUCUGAUCAAUCUUGACUGUAAUAGGUGCUGUAACUCUGCAACCUGUGCCUAG